AUGGGAGACGUUUGUUCUAUUCGAGCUCAACAUACCAUGAUACAGGCAACACCACAGCCUUGCCCAGCAAUUGCUCCCAAAGUGAUUGGAUUUAAGCAAAACAAAGAAAGAGCAGCCAUGGCGAACAGCGAAGAAUCACUGUGUAAGGCCGCCUGCGAAGGCGAUGUUGAGAAAGUAAAAUCACUUAUCGACUCAGGUGCUGACGUCACUUACUUCGACAAAGAGGGACUAACUCCGCUGAUGCACGCCGCCAACCACGGCCACGCCCAGGUUAUUAAAGCUCUUCUUGACGCCGGAGCUCCGUGGAACUCCCUCUCCCCUUCCAACCUCUCCGCCGGUGACUUCGCUAUGGAAAAUGGGCAUCAAGCUGCUUUUGACCUCCUCCUUAACACGGGGAUACAAGCAGAAUUGAUUCUUGGAACAAUUGCUAGGAAAGAAAAUGCAAAAGGUAAUUCUGAUGGCGAUUAUUUGGAAGACCGGGUUAAUUUUAGUGAGGAUAAGGUGAUGGACUCAGAAAGCAAGGCUGUCAUGAUGGCUUGGGAAAAGCCACUAAUGGAAGCUCACGCAAAAGCUAUUUGCUCCAAAGGUGGGCACAUGUUAAACAUUGGCUUUGGAAUGGGACUUGUGGACACUGCUAUACAGCAAUAUGCACCCACAUCACACACUAUUGUUGAAGCUCAUCCGGAGGUCUACGAUCGUAUGCUUCACUCUGGGUGGGGUGAAAAAGAGAAUGUGAAGAUAAUAUUUGGUCGCUGGCAGGAUGUUCUUUCUGAGCUUGAAUCGUUUGAUGGUAUAUUCUUUGACACUUAUGGGGAGUAUUAUGAAGAUAUGAGAGAGUUUCACCAACAUCUUCCAAAAUUAUUGAAGCCUGGAGGAAUAUAUUCAUUCUUUAAUGGCCUUUGCGGUGGAUUGUUUAGGAGAAGAAAUCUGGGAGGGUGUGAAACACAGAUAUUGGCAAUUGGAUACAUACUACCUUCCUGUUUGUCAAUCUAUAGAGGAUUCUGA